AUGUUAUUUAAGUCUUGUAAUUACGUCAUACAAUGCGUUCGCGCCAAAUAUAGGUUUUUAUAUUCUCUGUCUUAAAAACGUGUGUAUUCAAACAGAGCGAAGACAAAAGAAAGAUAUGAUCAACACGCUAAAGAUCUACCUGAUAUCCAACCAGGAACUGUUGUUCGAAUCCGUGCGAAGGAAGAUGAGAAAUGGAAUCAACUUGGUAAAGUCGUGGAGAAGUGUGCCGAGCCAAGGUCCUAUCGUGUCCUCAAUGACAAAGGAAACAUUGUGAGACGCAACCCCCGCCACCUUAUCCCGUGUAAGGACAGAUUCCAGAUCCGGAAUGACUUUGAUUAUGAUGAUCUAGAAGUGACAACUCGACCCAGUUCUCCAGAACCACCAAACGAAAUCGUCACAAGAUCUGGUCGAGUCGUUCGAAAACCGUCUAGAUAUAGCUAG